AAAAUCGAACGGACAUCAAAUAGCAAAAAAAGAAUGGUAAACAGUGAAAAAGUAAAGAAACAUUAAUAUAUUUCUUUAAAACACGCUAAAUCGUUAUAUAGAUGUUAAUAGAUAUACGUGUACGUAUUGUCUUCAGAAACGAGUCAAGGUCUCCAAUACUAUCCACUAGACUUGAUGUUUAAAUGAAAAGCAUCGUGUCUUAAUAUUUCUGUGUGUUUCACUCAGAAAAACAAUGAAAUUUAUAUCCAAAGUAACAGUGAACAAUCAAAUGGAACAUAGUUCAUAACACAUUAUACCGAAGUGGACAAUAUUUGGUUAUAAUCAUCACAUAUCGAAAAUCAAUGUUACAUCAUUCAGUGCAACCGAUGUGAAGUUGCAUACGCAAUUUAAAAUAUGAUAAACAUAUCAAACAGACAGACAACAUUGAAAUAUAACAGUAAAGUAUUUUAGAGAUGGUAACCGGUGUUUAUUGUUUUAUUGUACUUAAUAAAUUUCUCGAAGAAUAUCGUUGAAAAUAGCUUAUUUAUUUUGUCGCACAGUACUUCAUUUUAUUGCAAUUUCAACAAAAUACGAAAAAUGUUUAAUUAACAUUUAAUUGCAUACAUGCAUUCGCUGUGUAUCGACACGUCUUGUUUUAAUUACAAAAUACACAUAAAAUGUGUAAUGUAUUAAUUCAUAAAUAGUAAAACAAUAUUGUACAGAAUGAAUAUAAAUGAAAUAUUAUAUAAUUGGUCUAUGCUGAUCGUCAAAUUGACGCAAAUAAUUCUAAGGUUGUUGAAGUUGCAUCUAAAAGAAUUCAUGAAAUUUAGGCAUAGAAAUAAUGUAAAUAUACUGCAUCGCAGUGAGAAUUUCUUGGUAGUAUCUAAACCAUAUGAUAUGUAUAUCAAUAGCAAUAAUCCUAAGAAAAAGAAUACACUUCAAUCUGAAUUGAAAAAAAUUUUACCUAAUCUGGCUAAUCCAAGUUUAUUCCAUGAAUUUCAUUUUGUACACAGAUUGGAUUAUGCAACCAGUGGUAUUAUAUGUAUUGCAUUAAAUAAAAAAGCAGCACGAGCUGCUUCAAAUGCAUUUGAAACAAGAAGAGUAAAAAAGUUUUAUUUAGCAUUACUUCAUGGUCAUGUUAAUGAACCUUAUCUUGUUAUAGAUAAACCGAUUGGAAUCGAUGUUAGAGAAAAAAUGGGAAAUCAUAAAAUGUGUAUUAAUGAUAAUGAUUUUUGUGAAAAACCCCGAAAGUCUUAUACAAUACUUGUUGUAUUAGAACAUGGCUUCAGAAAUGGAAAACCAGCUACUAAAGUACUAUUAUGUCCAGAAACUGGUAGACGCCAUCAAUUAAGAGUACAUUGUUCUUACAUUGGUCACACAGUAAUAGGAGAUUACACAUAUAGUGAAAGAAAAGAUGUUGAACCUUACAGAACAUUUCUACAUUCCUUCAGGUAUAUGUUUCAUACAGUUGUUUCCCAUAAUGUAUUGACAUCAGUUUCUUUUUUAAGGUUGAUACUAAAUAAUGAUGUUGAAAACUUAGAUAUAAAGAGUAUAGAUCCAUUCCAAGCCUCUGACCCAAGAAAUCAGUGGUCACCAACAAAUAUUGCUCGAGUUUUAGAUGAAAAUAUAUUUUUUGAAAUUUAUAAUCUUAUGCAAUAAAAUUGCAACCUUUUUUAUAGUUCAAUUUGUAUUACUCACUCCACCGCUGUUAUUCCAGAUCCUUGUAC